AUGAAUUUGAUUACUCCUCCUCUGCUGCUGCUUCUCACUGCUUGUGCGGUCAGUGGUGCAGUGCUGCCUAAGGCAAUGUGGCAUUUUGGGUCGAUGAUCCAGUGCGCCCAGCCCGGUAUUAACCCUCUAAGAUACAACAAUUACGGCUGCUAUUGUGGCUUCGGAGGGGGGGGGACCCCCCGAGAUGGAGUGGAUGCGUGCUGCCAAGUUCACGAUAAAUGCUAUGCAGAUAGCAGAAAGAUUCCUGGAUGCGGGGAUGCUGAAGACCUUCCUUACAUUAUUGAUUUCGAUUUUACCUGCAAUAAUCAAAGAGUGACCUGCUCAGCGGCCAACAAUACGUGUCAAGCUGCUGUGUGCGAGUGUGAUCGUGCUGCGGCUCACUGCUUUGCGCAGAAUACAUACAACCCAGAAAACAAGAACCUGGAUCACUCAGUUUACUGUGCCAACUGA